CGUAUUUAUAGCUGACCCAUUGUUUGUAUUUUUAGUACUAAAAUAUUGUCAGCCUGCGUCAGGAACUCGUACAAUGUCCUAGACGGACCUAUGACGAAGACCAGAUGCAGCCGAUCGACCGGAGAAGUUCAAGAUUAGUGCGAACUUAUUUCAAGAUUAGAGUGCAUAGAUGCUCCGUCAUUUCUAGGUUGCUGUAAGAACUGACCUUGUCCUCAGUAGGAUUCAUCGUGCAGUAUAGCGGUCGAGCAAUUGAGUUGAAUGCAGAAGGAUGUUUUUUUUUUUCGAUCAUCUUCGAUGAUACCUUUUGGAGUGUAUGUAGCCUUCUUUUGAAAAACUGCUGAGUUUCAUAGAGUUCUCUAAAAUAUGUCCUUUCCGCACUUUCUUUAACCUUAAAAUGAGUUCAUCUAAAUCCUGGGACAAUGCACCUGACCACAGCCUAAUCGACUGAUUGAUAGGUUCUUCUGAUUCGAUUGACAGAUAAUUCGGCUGUACUGCUGUCAAGUUAAUUAGAGAACGUUACUUUUUUUUGGUGCUACAAACGAAUGGUUAGCUUUGUUAUCCGGACACGUCCAAAAUUGAAGUAGCUAUUAAACUUCGCUCCGCACUUCACGGUUAAUAAUACCAACAUUUAGCUCUGCAUCGAUAAAAGGAGUUGUCAUGAAAAUUAGAACGAAAAAAGGGUGUAGUAGAAACAGGCCUCAUUUUGAUAGUGAUCGUUUCAGUGAAGAGUUCGGUCCGUCUUGCAACUGUCGGCUUUUAAACUAUUGCGAGGGCAUUUGGGUUUCGCUACGUAAGGCAAAAAUGAACAAGAUGCAGAAACGUUUCACGUGUGGGCAAUUUCUAUCAACAAUCUAAAGGCAACAUUUAAAGGCAACAUCUAAAGGCAAACCAUUGUAAGGACGAUCAAAUCCUUAUUGUGUCGUUUAGCCAUUUUCUGCAACUUUGUGUCGCCGCUUUUUUUUGUGUCUGCUUGACGCUUGCAACAGGGCAAAGCUUCUUUGCCACCUCGCUCGCAGUAUCUUACGAUGUAGAUUACAGUAUUAAUUGCAGUAGAACAUGCUUAAUGCAACGCGUCUGCUCGCGCCGUCGCCUUUGUUUGCAAAGCAGUUUAAAAGAGAAUCUAAUCUUGCCCUAACAUUAUCCAAUUUUAAGCCUCUUCUGAGCAAACCAGAGAUUCUGCUAUACUGCUGUGAGAUCUCCUCAAUGAAGCGUAGUCUUUGUAGCCUUCAUUCAUCCAUUGUCGCGCUAAUGUCAAUCGUUCUCUGCGGUUCCCCCUCAGUCCUAGUCCCGGCAGGCGACAGGCCGCUUUUCUGCUGCCCUGUCGUGUUCGUCGUUUCGUGAUCGGUCGUUCGUGGUCCGCCGUGUGCUUGUCCUAGGAGCGGCCAGAGUAGUCAUACAGCCAGACACAGAAAGAUAGCAAAAGAGAAGGAGAAAGGAGAUACGCAGGCCAUGUGCUCUGCAGCCCGUGGGUAGUGGGUAUUUAUUGAGCGUCGUAGCGGUGGAAGUAGUAGACUCACAUGGUGCGAGCGCACAUACGACCGACAUCUCUGCGCUCUACCAGACGUCUGCCCUUUCCACCGGUGGCAGGCUAGGCUGUUCCCGCACCCCCGAGAAAAGAACCUACCAUCUGGUCAGACAAAUCAUUCGCCUUUAGGCGACCCACGACGGAGUACGCCCCGCUAGAGAAGAGGUGUGUUCUCCAGGAAGCGACAAACGAUCGAUCGAAAGACGCAAGUACGGCGGCAACGACAAAAACCUUAGAAGAGGGCGCCACACGCCACAAAUCUAGGGUUUGAACGAACAUUGGUGUUUUUCAAGGUUAUUUUUGUGCUCUGUGAAUAUUUGUGCUUCCUUAUCUCUUACAAAAUACAAAAACAUAAACGGCAAGAUUUUUUUCAUUAGUUCCUGUGGACAGGCUUACUGUUUCGCUCUACGAACUCUACGAACUUUGGAUACGACAGUGAAACGAAACGACGGACAGACAGAUCGUCGGACAAACUUACUAACCCGGAAGAUACGGUGCCAACUAAUCUCUAGGUCAUCACAGCGACGACACUAAUCGUACGGCCUCUAUCUGUAUCCAGCUCGUGCGGCAAUCAGCGCUGUAUCGGACUUUGAACGACCUUAGCAGCGUGUGUACUCUUCCUAUGCUGGUUCCGAUAGGGAGUUAGUCACCGGGUAUUUGUCGCACUAGUACUAGACCGCGUUCUUGCAGCUCAUCAUUGACUUUUGCAGCGCCAAGACAGCGCCAACAGAACCGACGACAUCGCGUAGCGUGGGCAAGAGGUCAAGUAUAGCGAAGUCGUUCAUCCACACGCCGGUGGCAAAGGCGGCAAGAGCACCUCGAAGCUAGAACAAACAGACGCCCCUCAUUUACGUGAGCGAUACCGGAGCGUAUUCUACCCGUACUUCUGUCGAGUGAGUGGCGUAUUUGUGAAGUUUAGCGCGAGUCAACAGUGUUUCGACCGUCAGCUAUUACGCGGCGACCCGCAGGCACUAAGCCACCAGAAGCUGUCGCUAUUACUACUUCUACUGUUAUUGAUGCACACAGGGAACCAGCAUAACACGCACCUAGAUGCUCUGGCCGCUGGAAGAGUCACUGGACCCUGAUAGUCAACAGCAAAGUUUCCCGUCGUCGUUGUUGUUGUUGUUGUUGUCGUUGUCGUUGUCGUUGUUGUUGUAGUUAUAAUUGUUGUUGUUGUUGUUGUUGUUGUUGCUGUUGUAGAAGCUGUUGGUGGUGGUAUUCCCCUCGAUGUUUGUGGCGUCUGCAGCUGCCGCUGCGCCGCCGUCGCCGCCGCUGCGGUUGUUCGGCAGUCGUUGGCGUUGUGCCCUAUAACACUACCAGUUGUAGCAGUUUAGCCGUGAAGUUGCCGCAAGCAAACGAACGAGCACGAAGCGCGUGCUUCGCCCUAAGGAUCAGCCGCGACGACGUCAGGGGCUAGCUGGCUAUCUAGCUGACUGGCUGGCGCCCGUAUAGUGGAGCUGCUACGCUACCCAUUUGAAAAGUGGAACAACCACAUUGCGCGAUUAGCUGCAACAGAUAACCGCACAGAGCUACACACGCCGACAUACGUAAGCAGACGCAGAAAUAACAGUCGCGGUAGCCAACAUCGCUUCAGCCCAGCGUAAAGAAGCGGACAACACUGUGCCGCGGUUGAGCGCUAGCCAGACGCUGCAAAAAACACCCCGACGCUGACGUUCCCACUGUUGGAAUAGCAGCAGCACGAUUGGGGUCAUUGAACCGAUUGCAAUAACAGAAUAGCGUGACUCGUACUGCUGUCAGCGCUAUCCUCCAAUAUAGCAACAACAACUCCGGCGUUUGAGAAGGCCGCGGAGAUCGCUGUUUAGCGCUCACAGCCGAUAAUCGCCGGACUUCGAUCGCUACCGAUGAUUAUUCUCUCGAUGGGACAGUGAACGAUCUUUGUCGCAGCGUACAUAAUACGAAUCAUAAUAAUAAUUACAACGGCAACGAUACUAAGAUGGAACUGGAACUUGCUGCCUCCUACCACCUACCCACCGACCUGUCCGUGUGCGCUGUGAAAAAUGCCGCAGCUAACGCCGCUACUGCGGCAUCGAAUGCGCUUGCGGCGGCUUCUGCCGCCGUCAGCGAUGCUCAGAAGUUCGGUGGUCGGGGAAGUUCAUGGUCUCGAGAAGAGACCUCACUACUUCUCGAUGUCUACGAGGUGGAAAUGGCCAAGGAGGAUGCGAAUUUUGAUAAGAACUCCGCUUCACUAAUGGUGCCAAAAUUUCAAUCGAUUUACCGAACCAUAUCGGACCUGUUAAGAGUUCAGGGGUUUGAGCGUAGUCCAAUGCAAGUUCGUGAACGGCUCAAGCGAUUAAAGCGGGACGUUAGGGAGCACAAGCAAGGCGAAUUCACCGCGCGUGUUAGUGCUAUUGUUGGCCGGUCGCCGUACACAAGACCCAGCCUCAUUCAACAGGCAGCUAUUCUGAACACAGAGAAGAUGCGAUCGUUUAACAACAAUUCAAUCACGUCAAACAACCUCAACAACAACAACAGCUCGGAACGAAGUCUCAGUGAAACGUUCUACCCUGCAGACAUGCUAUCUACGGAGAUGUCGUACCCUGACGAUGACGAACCAACGUCCGAGAGCCCGAUGUCGUGCAAUGCUGAAGUUCCGGACGGUCAUUCCGAAAAUGAGGAACAUGAAGCUGAACAUCACGACACCAAUUCAGAACACGGCGAAGAGAUAAAGGUUCGAGUUCUCAGGGAGCAACAUGAAAAAGAGAAGGAGAAGCAUACUGUGCCUAGCGGUCCACUUCCACUCUGCACCAGCUCAGCCCCAUCUGUGGUGUCGUCGUCGUCAUCGUCAUCGUCCACCUCCGUCCAGUCAGCACCAGUUGUGCCCCCAGCCUUGGCUGCGUUAAUGCCUGCUCUCGUCAAGAAGGAGAAGACGCCGCCUCCUGCGCGAACUCCUCCUGUAUCAAGGACGCCACCGCGCCCCCGUUCGGUUCACAACUCCACACCUGUGCAAACACCACCCCAACCCACUCCAGUGUUACCUGCCGGUUUUUCCCAUGCUCUGCCAAGCCAUCUUUCGUUAAACCCCGCGGUGCUGUUCGGUCUGUCGUCCGGCUCGCUUCCGACACAGCUUCAGCCACGCGCCAAGACCCCGCCAGCCCCUAAGGCCCGUCCGUCGACCCCACCGGUUAACUGUAAUAGCUGCUCGCAGACCGCUGCCGAGCAGAAGAAGAUUCACAGUGUGCUGCAAAAAGUUAUCGCUGACCAGAAAGCUACUCAGGAAAGCCAAUUAAUGUUUCAGAGAGAAAUCCUCGCGCACCUUAAUAUGAUCACCUAUUCGAUUCAGACACUAGCCGCACAGUUCGCGUUUGGCGGCAAGGGCAGUAAGGAAACGCUAUCAAACUCGCCCCAUAGCCAAGAUGAGGAUGUUUCGUCAAUUCACGAUGGCCACUAGUAGUUAUAAUUGUAGUCGUAGUUGUAGUCGUAGUAGCAGCAGCAGCAGCAGCAGCUGCUGCGAUAGUCGUAGC